CAAAAAAAAUCAAUUAAACAAUUCCCAACUGGGAUCAUCCAAGUUCAUGAACCCACUUUCUCAAACCCAACCCACCAAUCCCUUUAUAAACUUCCCACCCAUCCUCUCAUUAUGUCUCCAUCUCCAUCUCUUAUCCUAUACACACUCAACUCAAGUCAAUCUCUAUAGACACACCAUUACACUUGUAAUUCCAUUCUACAUAUUUAAUUGUGUUUGAUUCUGAUAUGAUGAUGUACGCAGACAAUGAUUUGGAUGCUGAUUUCGCUCUUCUCGAGUCGAUACGUCGUCACUUGCUGGGUGAGUUUGAAGCUCCGGCGUUAAACUCCGCAGACUACUGCUGGGUUAACAACUUGUUCCCUUCCUUCAAUGCCAACUCGGGAGACCUCACUCUGAAAGAGAACCAUUCGGAGGGCAUGCUGCCGGAGAACAUAGGAUGCCUUCCCUCGUCUACGGCGGCGGAAACCACCGCUGAUGUGAAGCUGGAGCCCGAAAUUGGUAAUUUUCCGGAAAAAGUGUCUUUUCCGGAUGCGCCACCAGCGGGGGCGGAAUCGAAGGGGAGGCAUUACAGGGGAGUGAGGCGGCGGCCGUGGGGGAAGUACGCGGCGGAGAUUAGGGAUCCGGCGAAGAAUGGGGCUAGGGUUUGGCUGGGGACGUAUGAGACGGCGGAGGACGCCGCCGUGGCCUAUGACAUUGCAGCGUAUCGCAUGCGCGGGUCACGUGCGCUUCUCAAUUUUCCGCUCCGGAUUAAUUCCGGUGAGCCGGAGCCGGUGCGGAUAACGUCAAAGAGGUCGUCGCUGGAUCGAUCUUCGUCGUCGUCGGAGAAUGGUUCUUCACAGAAGAGGAGGAAGAAGGUGGUUGUGAAAGCGGAGCCGGCGGUGGCGGUGGUGGUGGUGGUUCAGCCUGAGUUGCAGGAAGUAGGAGGAGGAGCGGAGAGUGGAUUGGAGACUAUACAAAUACAAUUUGACCCCAAUUAUUCCACUUGGUUCAUGGCUUCUGAGUUCUCUGAUUAAGGGCUGUUUGGGAUUGUGCAUAUAUGAUUUUUGUUGUUUAAUUGAUUCUUUUCUUGGAUCAGAAUUUUUUUGUUUUUUUGUUCUUAUGGAAGACAUUUGUUCAUAUCAUGAAAAUGAAUGAUGUUUUGAGAGUCUUCCAAUGCGUUGUAUCUCACUAUUUAACUCAUACCAGUUAAUAGUAAUUUAUUUAUUUAUUUUUUAUUUUUUUUU